CCACUGUGCACGCCUUGAUCGUGGGGCUGUUCUGUUUGUACAUCCUGUGGUUCGACGACGCCGUCAACGCCAACCCCGUCUGGAGAAGACUCUUGGGAAGACGUCGUAUAAAUCCGCUGUGGCAUGGGAAGAGCUUGGGAUCCCCCAGAAUGAGUUGGAGAGUAUAACAGGCAGCCUAUGAUCUAAUAUAGGAAUGCAAUCUUUCUGACAUAUAGUCUGAUACACUGAGUUUUGUAGAAACCUAAUCAAUAUUUAAAAACAACAAUACAUUCGUUUAUAAGAUGGUUCCCUACACUUUGGUUUACUUCCAAAACGGGUUCCUGUCUAGGAUGCACAUUCAUUCUACUCAUGAAAAGCUGCCAGCAAAAGUAGCUCAAACUUUCCAAUAUGUGCAUCUGGAAUUGUAAGAAAUGUGUCUGACUGCAGAUCAUACGCUCAGUAUGAACACAGAAAAUGUAAGGAUCUUUUGAGACGAGGCUAUCACGAUCCUCCGAACAUAAAAGGUAUCCAUGUCUGCUGUAUUCCAGUCAGUUAUUGACAUAUUGAAUUAGGAACGCGGGUUUACUGUACAUUUGAUUAACUGCAGCUGAGUCACAUUGAUGUGAUCAUGGAAAAGACUUUGGACUCUGUGGCGGCAGCAGCCUGCAGGACCCCUGAUUGUUUCACCACCGUUCAGGUUGGGUUCUGUUCAACCUGAUAUUUGCUCAAUGUGUCUAAGUGUAAGUGCAGUAAGGCGAUACAGCAGAUUGGUUAGCAGGAGGAGCUCAGGGCUGGAAUGGCCGUUAAUGGAAUGUGAGGAAAAGAGAGAAUCCUGAAUGAUUCAAUAUCUGUUUCCAAAAUGGGAUAAAACUGCAUAUUAUGGUGCGGGGAAAGUGACCGUUCAUGUUUUGGGCCUACUAUAGUGGGCAGCUAUCCAAAACAUUAAGACACCGUGUCUAACGUUGAUUGUAAGUACACAGUGCACUGCCACCUUCUGGUCAACUAGUGUAAAUGCAUAAAAAAACAAUCUUAAAACCCACAUGGUUGGUACUAGUGCUGCGCAACAUAAUGAACUGCAAUCAUCGCAAUAUCAGUGUGAGCAGAAAAGCUGCAAAGGACUGAUUUUAUGUUGUGUUAGCAUCGUGCUUGUUUUAAGUGUAAUGCAUUCACAUUUUGAAAAUCAAUGAUGUAUUGAGAAAGUAGGAUGGAUUCUAAUUGCUCCUAAUGAAACACUCAAUUUAUAUUUUUCAAAUGUUUGUGGAGACUGAUGGGGACAUUGUGUAAUAGUAAAGAACGAUGAGAGUUAAUCGUAGCUGUUAUUCCAAAUUUCAGCGAGACCCAAAUUUGCAAAACAUUGUCCCCAUUUUUUAGUCGUCAGUCUCAGGUCCCUACACGCAGAGACGACGGCUGUAAAUUUUUGUAAAGAGCUAAAAUUAACACUGAAAGCUCUGUAGUGGGCAUGCCGGGCCAAUCGGUGGCGCUGUGACACUCCCACAGAAGGACACAAAAAACAAACACUGGAUGUGGGAUAGAGAGAGAGAAGGAGAGGUGGAACUGUGUCAUCUUUUAAAAGAAAAAGAAACAAAACAACUCAGUGUAAACAUGAAGUAUUCAUUUAAAAAUGAAUCCACUCUGGGACCUGCUUUCAAAAAUGACCAUUUCUGGUCUCCCAAAAAGCAGUCAAGACGACAAAGAAAUCAUUGCAGAUGAACCUAAAAUGGUCUUUGUGUGGACAGGACCUAAAAUAUCAGAGACCUAGAAAACAAUAUUGUAUUAGUCCUUCUUUAGUAAGACACAAAAAUAUUGGGAGCAACAACUAUCAACUAAGGACCAAACAAAUUUAUAGAAUUUUGAAGAUUCACAUUUAUAUUGGGAAGAAUAUGCAGUUCCAUUAAAGUGGAGGUCUUCUAUCAAUUAUAUUUUUUUAAAUUACCUUUUUUUUCUUAAAUAUCCUGCCAGGUCCUGUCCUCACCAGCGCAGGUUUUGAGCUGAAAAUCCGGCCAAUCUGAGCCAACAGAAUAGUUACCACCCACAAGUGACUAAUUUGCCCACUAGACACAGAGUUCACGCUCAACUUUCUAGCUAAUGCGCUCUCUCAACUAAUAAAUAGGAUUUCUUAAUAAGCUCUGGGCUUAUGGCCGGAAUAUGACUCCUAGUACUAAUGCAGCUACUUGUACUGACAAGCUAUAAAUAUGUUUGUGACGCACUGAAUAAGUGAUUAGUGGCCACUAAGGAAAGAGUGAAAGAUGAUAGGAAAAUCUUGGCUGACCUUAACAUGAUCCAUGACAGUGGACGGUCAGCUGUGUUUAGGUCAAGGUCUGUACUGAGUUGAGGAGUCAUCGCUGUGUCCCUACAUGACAACUGAACAGGGUUCCCCCCAGAAAACCUGCUAAGUUUGAUGUUAGGGGGCGCUAGCACAGUCCACGAGCGGCCCACCGUGUUUUUGUGGUGAAAAAUGUUAAAAGUCACAAACAUUUGGAGCAGACAUUAUAAUUUGGAAAUAAUGGCGUGUGAGGCCAACUGGCAGGGACGGCGCAAAUUAAUGCAUCAACUAUAAAUCUAUUAGUCCAUCUUUUCUGUCACUGUAAAAAACCUUAUAAAAAACAGUUUGUUUUUUUAUUUUAAAACCUGAUUUAAAAUAAACAACACUUAGCCUGGUGGAGGGGGGCUGGGGGCUGGUAAAGCCUGGAGGCCCGCCAGGCUUAUAAUAAACUGGAGGAAACCAUGACUGGGCAUAUAUAUAUGUGUGUGUGUGUGUGUGUGUUUCUGAGCGUUGGCUCCUUGUAGUGCGAAUGUUUUUUUUUUUUUUAUUUACAGUACAUGUGCAGUAACGUGAGGUCCUGUUACAGGAACCGUCAGGCAGCCAUGUGCCACACGACACCUGCGACUGAUACCACCGUCACAUGUAAACUGAAGCAAAGGCAUCUCCUCCAUUGCUGCUGUGAAUCGACGUUAUUCACAGACACUUAAAAUCCUCCAGAGCCGGAUCAUAACCAGAACGUCUCUCCUCAUCCCAAACGUACUGGUUCUUACGGUUAUCCCAUCAACAUGUUGGUUUUAACUAACAUGUAGCGACACACCGAUAAGAUAUGAUCUUGAAUGACCACCAAGCAUGAAUGAUAAUGACUCUGUUCCAGAUCGCCUGUUAAUUAGUCUUCAGAUAUAUGCUGUGCGUUUUGAAGCUGCCUAUAAGAGUCAGCAGAUCCCCCUCCUGGUUUGCUGACAUUGAUUGUAAUAUCGUCCCAGUUUCACUGCAAGUACCUUUAAACUUUGUUUGCUGUUCCACAGGGGUGACCCUAAUCUGGUCAAACUAAAUGUAGCCAUAACCUGUGGCUACCUCCUCUACGAUCUUGUCCUGCUAGCAUGUAACUGGAGCACAAUGGGGGACAGCUUUUUCGUCUGCCACCACUUGGCGGCGCUGUAUGCCUAUGGAUUCGUGUUGACACGCGGGGUGCUUCCUUAUUUCGCCAAUUUCCGUCUCAUUUCAGAGCUGUCCACGCCGUUCGUGAACCAAAGGUGGUUCUACGAGGUGUUGAAGUACCCCCGCUCACACCGGAUGGUGGUGCUGAACGGCGUUGCCAUGGCGGUGGUGUUCUUCGUCGUCCGCAUUGCCGUCAUGCCGUCCUACUGGGCGAGCGUCUUCGCCACAUUCGGCACGCCCGAGUUCGAGCGGCUGGGCCUGGGAGCGCAGGUGGCCUGGAUCACGUCGUGCAUCGCCCUGGACGUCCUCAACACCAUCUGGAUGUACAAGAUCGCCCGCGGCUGCUACAGAGUCCUGACGGGGAGAGGCGGGCGGAAGGUGAAGGCCGACGUGGACGAGAAGCACGCGAACAACCACACGGACUAACGCGGGGACAAAGAACCCUCGACUGCAUGAUGGACGCGGGGAGCGGAGGCGUUCCAAACCCGCCCGCCCCUCGGCCUCGGAGUCCUCAGGUUUCCGACGAGGAGAGCACUCUUUGACUCACGCAAGCACCAGCGAUCCCAACCUCACUGGGUGUUGUUUUUUUUUUGUUUUUGUUUUUUUUGUGUGUCUCUCCCUUCUCACCCAGUGAGCGUGAUUACUCUACUGCUGGGAGGUAGCUUUCUUCGGUUGCAGAAAACAAAUUAGAGAUCACAAGCACACUUUUAGCACCAUCUGUCACUCCCGUCUCUCGCCGAUUCAUCCCCAGCCUCCUCUUCAGCGCUCAACUUCAGCCAAAGCCUAAUCCUCUGAAGUGCCUGUGGAAAAACAGGAAAGCAAUAAUAGUGGAGGUAUAGCAAAGUUGAGGUUUCUUCCCCCUGCACCUCACCCCCCCGUCCCAUCAUCAUCACCUCCAUCCCUCCUUUCAGUGAACAACUGGGAGCUCAUUUCCCGUCCACGGCGGAAGAGAUGUGGUCAACCUACAGGGCUCUUGUCUUAAAUCCAUCAAACCUCAGAACAAGAGACAGAAAAAAAAACACCAGGAUGCCUCUCCCAGUUUUUACCUGCUGUGGCCUCCUUAUAAUAAGUAGCGCCUCUCUGCGUCACCAGCCAUGCUUCUCCAUCCAAAUCUCAUCUAAGUACUCGACACUCUCCAGGAUUUUUAUUUUGUUUUGUUUAGUUUUUGCUGCUGCGCCAGUAUCAUUAGCUGUGACGGUACAACAUCCAUUACAACCCUCUGCCUCAGCUGGAAUGUUUUUGUUCUACCUCUCCCCCCUGCCUUACAGACUUUGUAAAUAAUCAUGGUUUACUCAGAAGCAUAGUUUUUUGUUGUUUUUUUUUUUUUUUAAACUAAGGAGAGAGUUUAUCCGUGAAGAUCGUGACAUUAAAAUCUCCGAGGGACUUCCCAUUUCUUCCGGUUUCGGAGGUCAUCCCGGUCCAUCCACCAGAACGCAGCGGCAUCGCUCCGGGUUCUCAGAACGAAUCAUAAGUGCCUCGCAAAAGUUUUCAGACCCCCAUUUUUAACUUCAUUUUGUCGCGCUUCUACUACGAACCUCAAUGUCUUUAAUUGGGAUUUUAUGUGCUAGAUCGACGCAAAAAAAAAAAAACGUGUAAAAAUUCAGUCGGAUAGGGAAAAUGAAAUUAGAAAUUUAAUUUUCUCACAUAUAAACACCUAAAAAGUGUGAUGUCAUGUCUUUGCAGUUCCAACUGCAAGCCUUUGUGGGUUACUUCUACAUUGAAUAUCCUCUAGAAAUCUAUUCCAGAUCUCUGAUGGAAUAGAAACACAUUUGUUUCCCCACAACAAUAUUUAAUUUAAGUAUUUUUGAAUUGAAGGAAUUCGCUACCAGCGAGAAUUUAUUUAAGCUAAUCUGAACACAAAGCACUUUAUAUCAUCUCUCCACAUUAAUGAGCCGCUAUGUGUUGGUCUAUCAUUAGAUGAAGUCAUCCUGUAGUUGCGACAGUCUUUAGGAAGAGGGGCGUGAACACUUUUACGAGGCAUUGCAGGCCAACCCUGAGAUCCGGUACCUGCCUGAAAGCAUCGCUGAUUAUUUGACAGAAUGUCAGCAGUAGAGUUGCUUGAAAUCUCUCUCUCUCUUUUUUUUUUUUUUUCUUUUUUUUCCCCCCCUCUCGCUCUCUGUCCAUGACUCAGAUUGAUUUGGAAACGCUGUGCUGCUGGAAGCGGCCCGGCAACCUGCAUGCCCAGUUUUUCCCGUAUAAACUGUAGAUCUUCAUUGUAGAGCAUGGUAAGACUGACAUAUUUCUGUGAUGCCUUAGUGAACUGUCAAGGUAGAUGAACACCAUCUAAUUAUUGAUUGCAUUAAUCUAAUUGUGGGCUGGGCGGGAGUGGGGUAGGAGAAGGGGUUGUCUUCCAAAAUGUGCCCCCUCCCCACCUUUCUCCACCUCCUUCAACACAGAGCAUAGUCAAAGCAUGAACUUCUUGUACUUUUGAUGAUUUCUCCUCACUGUGCAUGUUUCAGUAUUUACACGUUCAGCAUCUAUGCAGGUGCCUUCUGCAUAGCGGUAAACUCUCUUAAUUGUUAACACAUCUUCUAUAUGCCAGUUGCCAGUACUUGUAUUUUGUUUCAUUUAGUUGUUUUUUUUUUUGUUUUUUUCGGUUUUUUUACAGAUACAGAGAGAUUUCUUUGUAAGAGGUUUGCUAAUAACCACAACCUGGCAGACAGAAACAUGGGAUCUCUCCGAUUUAGUUUCACAAGAAGACGACGGGGAUCGACAUCAUCACUGUUGGUCCCAGCCAAGGUUUCCUGUAUAAGCACAAACAUUAACCAAAUGUACCCCGGAAGCAGAACGACUGAAUGUUUCUAACGUGCAUUACUGCGGUAGAGUAGUUCAAGAAGUGAACACUAGAGGGAGCAGCGAGAUUGUCAAAUCAAGCUUGUGUGAGAUGAGAUCUGUUAUUCCAGUUGUUCUCAAGUCUUUUAUAGCAACUUCCAUCUCAUUAUCAAAACUUAGACUUUUUUUCUUUUUUUUUUUUUUUUACAUUUCUUCUUAUGUUUUUUAAAAAAACAAGAAAGACGUGAAGUCAGAAUUAAGACAGUAACCUCAGAAUCUAAUAUGGUUCCCUGCCAUGUAAAACUUAGGGAUGGUUGAAGUAAAAAAGAAAGAUAUUUAUUAGAACUUUUGAGUUUUUGUAUGUUCAGUUAGUCUGUCUCUCUCACACACACACACACGCACACAAGCGCCUUUUGUGAGGACAUUGUUUGAAAGAUCAAAAUACGGAGAAAUGUAGUACUGGACGCACAACGUGAUCGUUUUCUUCUUUCUUUUCAACAGUUUCUGGUUUUUCAACUCACAUUUUUGGUAAAUUUAAAAUUUACCUGUCCUAACAACAGAAUGAAUGUUCACAGCAAAAUACAACAUUUUCUUCAAAAUAAAUCCAAAAAAUAAAAUAAAAUAAACUGGAAUAUUCUCCAGGUUAUGCCAGAAUAUAUAGCUCACACCAUUUUCUUUUAUUUGCUUUUCUUUCUUCUAUUUUUUAAUUGUAAUUUUUUUUUUGCACAGCUGAAAAUGUACACCACUAUCAGCUAUUCAUGUUAGAACUAGAGGCUCCAUCGAGUUCGAACAUCUAGACGGAGUUUGGGUGAGCUCUGUGUGUUUGGGUGAACAGUCACAGUGACACGGCUCCACAACUAAAUGGGAUUUUUAUUAUUUAAAAACCAACAAAUGAUAACAGGGUCCCAGGGUUAAACUGUCUUUAGCAUCUUCUAUUCACAGUAGCACUAAGCAUGAACAGCAGCCUCUUCUGCGUAUUAUUAAACCUCUACUUUAACUGAGAUUUCCCAAAAAUGGCCGACGACUUCUUUUUUUUUUCUUUUUUUUUUUUUUUUGUCCAACAUGAUCGAUGCAACUGGACUAUUUAAAAGAAUAAAAAGCACUUUCUGCUGUAAUGCGUACAGCUUCCAGUAUCCUGCAGACGUCUGACUCAGUCAACAGCCAGCCCCAAUAAAAAAAAAAUUGUUUCCCUUCUUAUGUGUUUAAAAGAGGAAAAGUUCUCGCCAGCUUCUUUGGAUCUCUGAUUGUUAUUAGCUUGUAAAGCUGAUGGCGUUUAGAACGGUCGCCAUGAAUCAUCAACGCGUUAACACUUUGGCACCAGGGCACAGUUGAGUCGAGUUUGAUAUAAUUUCCAGAUUCGAGAGGCAGCAACAUGUAGCCAGCAGCUCUUGCUUCAGGCUCACUACUGUUUUGUUGCUUGUUUUUUUUUUUUUUCUAUAUUUCGUUUCAUUUCCGUUCCUUCAACUCCACUUUGCAAAUAGUGAUACCAAACUCUGCUCUGGGUAAAGGGCAUUUUCAUGACUAAGGAAAAUGACUAAUUUUCAUUAGUCAUCUUCAAAUCUAGCUUGACUAUUUGCAGUUCAUUGACCCUAAAACAAGAAUUGAUAUAACCUGUUCAGUUCAUUCAAACAUUCACAUCGCUUCUCAACUCCACACAUUGUAAAAGUCGCCUGUGUGAUCGUGGAUGAAUGGGUAGUUUUGGCCGUCUGGGACAGUCUAGUUGUAUUUUUCACUGUGGAAGUCUAAAGCACACUCCCUAUCUCUGGGAUGUCCCUUAUUUCUGUCUGCCACUUACAGAGGAGGGGCUACAGUCUCUUGUGCCUUUUUUACACAAAGUGGAUGUUGCAAUCGGAUUCGGAUAAGCAUGAUUAUGUCCUGGUGUACAUGCCUUGUGUAUAUUUUUCUAAACCCGCCUGCACAACGAUUAUCUGGUCGAGUAUCCUAACCCAAAGCUGAUCCCUCUUAGGGAGCCCCCAAUUGUUUUUUUUUUGUUUUUUUUUGGUGACGGUUUAUCGGCGGGGCAUACCAAUGUGAAUGCUGUGAUGUGUUAUUUAGUGGCCUUAGGGCAAUUUCAGAUGAUAAUGGCAAUCAGAAUAUUCCGGCGUGUAGGGAUUUACGGAACAACUUUCGUCUCAUUUAUUUGGCCUGUUAAGGAAAAAGAAGAAAAUCUAAGAAAAAUCAUAGAUUUUCUGAGAGUGGCUGAGAUGAAUCAUCCAGUAAUUUUUCUGGGUCUCCUUUAGUUUAGACAGAAGCUGCUCUUUGACGCAGCACUCAUCGCACAACGUGAGAAGUAAACCACCCAGUCAUCUGCAUACAGGAGGACUUUGACAUCUGAUUAAAGUGGGAUUUCAGUUUGGCCUCCCACCCAGGGCUUUGUACAAAAAAACCUGAAUGUGACAGUGAAUUAAUGUGGAGUCUGACUGUGAUUUGUAAUCAGCACCAUCAGGCUGGAACAACCACGAUGUCCUCGGAUUAGAUAGGAGACAGCUGCUCGUUGACGAAUGAAUUACAGUAUUUAAACACAAACGUAUAACUGAAAAUGUAUAUGAAUCAUGUAAAACCUUGAACUGAUCAAAAUGAUUGACCUCUUCGGUGCAACUUAUAACGAAGGUAUUACUUUGAAGCGACUAUUAGUUUUGUUUUCUUUUUAUUCUCUGAUGUCAAAUGUGGUGAUCUGUACACAAUGAAAGCUAAUUAAUUGAACAUCGCAAGGAUGGCAGCGUUUGUUCGAUAGUGGAAACUGAAUGUAAAAAGUAAUAAUAAUAAUAAUCAAAUGUCUUGCCUGGAUUUUUUUAUUUUUUCUUUCCCAGUGAAUAACUUUGUCAGUGUGGCUUUCCUUCCUCUUUGUUUCAUCUUUGAAUGCGAUGCAAUCGGUACGACCUUCUUAUUUUUCUCGAUUUUAAUGUGAAAUGGCCUACACUACGAAAAGGCCCAUUGGGUCACUGAGUUUUACCACAUGACUCAGACUUUUGUUCUCUACAAUGACCACUACUAAUUAUCUUGUAAUUGUAGUGAUUAAAACGCUGAGAAUUACUUGAAAGUGUUGUUCUUCAAUAAAGAUGAACACGAAAAGUUGA